AUGGACAACGGAAAUCAUUCAUGUGAACAGGGAGAAAGUGAGCCGGAUGUUUUUGAAAAAUCAAAAUCCGAGCAUCGAGAAAGAGCGCCUAGGGAAAGCCAUAGUUGUAUGGAUCCGAGAAGAUUGGCGAUAGUGAGAGCAAGGGAUGCAUUGAGGAAAAGACGCUGGAGAGAAAGACGGAAAUUGGAGUUAGGCCAGAAAAGUGUGAACGAGGAGGAACAAAGUCAGCAAGAUGAAUGGGAGUCAUCUCAAUUUGAACCCGCAACCAUUGAAGUGAUCCCAAAAAGCGAUGGCUUUCUGGAUGCUUUACCUGAGAAGCACUCAUCGAAAAGAGCUGGGAUAUCGCCAGAAAAGUUGAGGGAGAUGAGAGCAAAAGAUGCUGAGAGAAAAAGAAGGGCGAGAAUGAGAAAAAGAUUGAUUUCAGCUGGAGUGUCGGAUGGAGAAAGCAUGAGUUUAUUGAUGGGACAAAAUGAUUUGAUACAGUCAGAGCAAGAAGAACUUGAACGAAUCGGAGAAAUGGCAUUAGCCCAAUUGAGUAUCGAUGUGACUGACGGAAAUGGAGAGCCGAGUAUAGCUUCUGACAGUGGACUCUCAUCGAUUCUUUCCCCGUCAUCUGCUUUUUCUCCUGUUUCCGCAAAUCAUACGCCGAAAGGAUGCAGUCGGAUACCUCGAAAGCUUUUAACUCCAAAUCAACUCUUGGAAGUGCGCUCGAAAGAUAAUGCGAGAAAAAGAGAGCAACGAUCGCGAAAGAAAAUGGAACAACAACAAGAUAUGGCGAAGAACAUUCUCCAGAUUAUGAAUGGAGCACAUGAAGCACUCACAACACCGACAUUCAAUGCAUUGGCGGUCAAUUCGAUUUUCAAGAUGAAUCCACAAUGUGUGUUGAAUCCAUUGCUGGGAUCAGGAGGUCUUGGAGGUUGUCUUCCACCUUCUAUUCCCACUUUCCCCCUCAUUCCUGGUUCUUCUCUCCUUUGUACCCCUGGACUUCCCUUUUCCACAGCUCUGAAUGUGGAUACAGACCUUGCGAUUUCAACCUCAGCUCCUGCUUCUUUAUUUGAAAGUCAUAGUGAUCAAGAUCCGAUGGAGCUUUUCAGAAGUUUAGUAGAAAAGGUAUCACAGAAUCAGUUUUCGCCAAGAGUUCAAAGUGAAGAGCGAGCCGCUGCGAAGAGAGCCGCUCGAGCUGCGAGAAUCGCUCGUAUGACCGAACAACAAAAAGAUAUGCUUCGAGCCUCGGAUCGAGAGCGAAAGCGACUCUGGCGUCAACGUAGACGAGAACUGCAAGGGGGCAGUUCUCUCUCCGAAUCUGCUCAUCCAUCUAGUUCCUCCAAUCAA